CGCUAUGGUCGCUACUGACUUUAGCUUUCCAUAAUUACCGAAAACCGUUUCGUUCCAGAGGAUAUGGCAGCAAAACGUCAAGUAAAUUACAUAAAGCCCGCCGAGCCUAGUUUCCUGGCAAAAUUCAAGAAGGAUGUUGGAUACAAAGAAGGGCCAUCAGUCGAUACAAAGAAAGCAACUCUUUCUAUUGAUGACUUACCAGACCGACCAGAUGAGGAGGAUGAGAAGCCUGUAGUAGUAGUUCUUAGAAAAGGCGAUCUUACAGAGGAACAAGUUCAAGAAGAGAAGAAACAGAUAAAUGAAAAUCAGAAGAAAGAGGAAGGUGAAAGUGAUGAUGAACCUGCAGAUGGAAGAAUCAUUUUUAAGAAACCAACCAAGAGAAGUCCUGAUGACACAUCUGAUUUAAAAGCAUCUUCAUCAAAGAAAAAGAAAAAUAACAUGAAAAGGAAGGACAAAGAAAGUUCUGGAAAGAAGGUAAAGAAUUCAAGCCUCUUGUCAUUCGGAGAUGAUGAACAAGAGGAUACCUGAUAGAACGUUUCUGAGAGAGAAUUUAUCAACAGACACUGAUCCUCAAUGUGAUGGUUCUGAUAUUCAUGGAGUGGAAUCUGUGAGUGCCUUUAUCCAUGGUCAUGUGUUUACAAGAUGAUCCAAUUCACCAACCUGUAAAUGACUAUAAAGUAAAAACAUCAACUUUUAAUCAAAUGUUGUGUUGGAAGGCCUGUAUUGUAUAUAUAUAUAGAUCUUCAUGAGCGAUUAGCUGAGACAAAUACAGGUGCUUUACAAAUAUAACCUCAUUCAUUAUCAGCACAUCCACAUUAAUCAAUGAUACUUGGUAAUCAUUCACUUUUUUCCAAGCUUCAAACUAUGACUUUUAGCUUUAGUUAGCUAUUGUACAAUGGCUUGGAAGCUUGUUUAGAAGGCUGAGUGUGCAACAUUAGUACCAUUGCACAUGUACUAUCCAAAAUGUACCGUUGCAUGAAUUAACAUGUGACAUCACAAUACUUUGUUGUGCAAGGUGAAUAAAUGCUGGUGCAGUACACAUAGGGCCAACGAGCUGAAUGCACACUGCUGCCGAUUUUGAGAACUGCAAGAAACUUACUCAGCCGAACUUGGCAAAUGGCAAGUAUGAAUAUCAUGGUACCAGGAAUGUCUGAUUCUGAAUGUUUUGUAAAAGAGUAAGUAGCCAGGCAGUAGUGUGCUUGGUGUGUAACAAUCUAUUUUGCAAAAUAAAUGACAAUGUAAGUCAUCAAGUUGUUAACUUAUAAAACUGUUGAUCCUGCCCAACAUGCUUGUAACCUAGAGGGGUUUCACACCGGGGGGCCGUUUCAUAAAGCUGUUCGUAAGUUAAGAGCGACUUUAAGAACGACUGGUGAACCUUUCUUACGCGCUAAACCAUCGCCAAUGGUGUAUACCAUUUACCAAAAGAAAGGAUCACCAGUCGUUCUUAAAGUCGCUCUUAUCUUACGAACAGCUUUAUGAAACACCCACCAGGGUUGUAAUAAAAAACGUUGUGUCUCUCCUGAACAAAGUUCGGCAGAGACCUAGUAACCAGUUUUCCUGUAGUAAAUCUGCUCCAAAAUUUUUAAUUUUUGUUCAACUUGCUGUCAGUUCUUUAUUUCUGCAUCAAUUAUAUUCAUACUUGGUACAUAUGAUUCUUGGGUAAUACCACAUGUGAACCCAUGAGGAUGAUGAGGUCAAAGGUCAUCUAGGGGUCAAAAGGUAAAAUGAUAUCUGGAGGUCAUGUUCAUCCUUUUUUUAGGUUUUUGUUCAACUUGCUCUCAUUUAUUUAUUUCUGCAUCAAUAUUGAUCACACUGAGUUAAAAUGAUCCUUUGGUAAUACCACAUGUAUGUCCAUGAGGAUAAUAGGGACAAAGGUCAUCCUUGGGUCAAAAGGUCAAGUUUGUAUUCAACUUGGUCUCAUUUCUUUAUUUCUGCAUCAAUUUUGUUCACACUUGGUACAUCUGAUCCUUGGGUUAUACUCCAUGUACGUCCAUGAGGAUAAUGGGGACAAAAGUUCAACCACAAAAUAUACUCACACAUGAAAUAUGUGACUUCAUGAGAUAUUUUCAUUUUCAGCAAAUUAUCUAUACAAAUUUAUACUUCUGUUCAACUUUACCAAGUGUAGAUUUUCAUCUUUAUGUGCAACCCAAAGAGUACAGUGCCACUUAUUUGUAAACACAUGUUGCUUGUGAAAGUGAAAAACUUCCCUUUCAUUAAAGGUACUAUUACAUGUACAUGUUAAUCAACUCAUUGUGAGUGUUUCUUCUCCUGCACAAAAAGUAAGCACAACACUCAGAUACGUUUGUAUUGAGAAAAUUCUGAUGGAUUGAUAUGCACAGCUGUGUUUAGGGAGGAAAGGAAUAUGAGAGAGCGAUAGAGGGGGGGGGGGGAUAAAGUGGAAGAAAAAAUGAGUGGGGUUAAGAGUUUGUUGAUAGAAGAAAAAAUACACAAGUUAAGAAAUUAAAGUACAGUGACACAUAAAGACACUUAAAAUCCCAUCCCAUCAAAGCAAAAUUUUCAACACAUAAGUCCAAGUGGUGUUUUAAAACAGGUUUUUUUUUUUUUUUUAGCAUUUUAAACAUGUCACCCCGUUUCACACAAUCGCACUAUCUUGACUAUAUACAUACAUUGAUCACUCUUAAAAUAAGAGGUGUGUCGUCACAAAUUUGAAGUUAUUUUAAUUGACUAAAUGCCCUAUUUCAUAUUCCUACUUACAGUUUAUUUACCUUGCUUUACCUCAGACAUUUAUAGAAACGUAUUUAUCACCUAUCUGGUAUUUUGAAGAAAAAAAACUUAUUGCUUCAAAAAAGUGAACAACUUCAACAAUACGUAAAUUGAAAUACUUCCAGUGCAAACUUUAUGUACCAAAAUGUAGAACAUUAAAUCACAGAGACACAAGUCAUCAUAUUCCAAGUUUUGAAAAUGUGCAUGAGUGUAAGACCAUCAUCACCAUUUAUCUUCUUUCGUUUUUCUUUGAUUCAAAUGUUGUGUGUUUUUCAGAUCUUUCCUCGAAUCUCUAUUUAGACAAUUAUCACAAAACUCUUGUUUUUUAAAUAAAAUAAAUGAAAUACUGCUAAAUUGGUUCUGAACAUAAUUAUCUGAUUUUUUUUCAAAGCGGAUUCCAGAAUGCAGAUUGACUUGUAUAGGAGUGCCAUCUUUUGAUGAAAAUCGAAUAGGUGUGUCAGGACUGCUCGCUCGUACUUCAUCUUGAAUGCAGCUCUGAAAUAAAAUGGCUAAUUGGCUGUCGACCUGUCAUGAUUUGUUUUGCAAUGGAUGACCAACGAGAGUGAACGUUUAGGAUUUGAAUGUUUCUGUUGAAGGGAUUUGAUUUUAAUCUACAGCUAUUAAUUAAUUAAUCAAUUAAUUGAUUUCAUUCUUGUUUGUAUUUUUAUCAUGUUUUUAUAUUGUACAAUUUGAAUUUGAAUAUGGAAAUAAAUGAAUUGAAUUGAAAUUGAA